CUCUUGAUUUGGAGUUUAUGAGCAUAUGCCUGGGAUAUUGUUAAGUGACAACACGAUUUGAUCUUGUUCUGGAUUUUAUUAUUAAUAAGAAACAUAAUCUAAAAGAUGAAAACAAAUGCAGUGAUCCGACUGAUGUCACUGCUGGUGGUCUGUGUGUGCUCUGUACAAAGUCAGACUCCCGAGGUCACCCCAGCUGAUCUGCAAGCCAAAAUCACCACCAACUCUGUAAUACUGAAACAGCCACACUGUUAUUUUAAUAAUACAUGUCCGAGCUGUGACAUAUGGCUGGUGCCUUCACUGAGCUCAGCAACUAGCACCUUUGAUGCGGAUCUCACAAACAGCAACAUCCUCAGUCUGUCACCGUACCCAUCAGCAUUCAACACUGCAGCAUCCAAAAACUACUUUCUGACCAGAGUUGGACCUCUGUCGGCCUUCCCAUGUAAUGCAUCCUCAGACGCUCUUUACUUUGUAGUUGGAGCCGAUGGGAACUGUGGUACUGUCAACUGUAAUGGAGCAUUGCCUACUGGAUCUAUUGUGGGAUUCAAGUAUCUUCUUGUCAAUGGAAGCAGUAUUAUUACUACAACAAACUGGUCCCAAAACAUCAGUCUUGCCACACCGCAAAACUAUCAAAACAUUAGUGGUGCUUUUGCUGGAAGAUCUGCUGCCAUGGUUGUGAUAACUGCCAUCCUAUGUGCGGCUGUGGGUCUACUUUUACUCUUAUUCUUCAUUAUGCUCUGCGUAGUCUGCUGUAGAACGAAUGACUCGAAGCAAAUUACAGGUAAGAGCUCAAUGCGUAUACCCCGCUAUGACACCCACAACCUACAUGACCGAAUGCAUCCCUACGACAACCCUGCUUAUGAAAUGGAAAGACACACUGUCCCCGGAAAGACGCACACCAUACGGCCUGUCAAGAACAGGAAAUAAUCCUGGUGCCAUCGGACGGGGGCAGAUGAGCCUACAAACACCAUCACCGCAGCACAGAAUCCUGGGCCACCCAUUACUAUGCAGUAUUUAGUAUGUCACAUGGCAAAAUAUAAAUUUUCAAUAUAAAAAACCUUUUCUACAACAGAAGGUACUGUGCAUGUUAAAGGUGGUUUAUAAAGCCCAAAAAAACCUUUUAGGAAACUUUUUUUAAAGGUGUAGUUGGAAGAUAAAAUAAAGAAAAGUUAAAAUGAAGAAAUUAGCUGAUGGCACAUAAUAUUGUGUUUGUGUUACUUUGCUGUCUGUCUAUCAAAAGCUCUUUCAAAAGACACUCCCAUGUAAACACAGAUGACUUCAGAUAUGUUUCCUCUCUGUACUGUUUACUGUACACUGUUAAAAAUAAAGGUGCGACAAAUGGUUCAUCGCAUUUAUGCCAUGGGGUUUUAAAACCUUUUGGUCAGCCAACCGCCCACCUAAAUUAUUUAUUUAAAGUACCCCCUGAGAUUUGAAGUAAAUGUUUUUAUAUUUCAAUAGCACAUAUGCAUGUUUCACUUCAUACACAUUUAUUUUUUAUUAGUUUUGAAGUUUUUUUUAGUACUGUUUUUACAUAGUUAUUGAUACCUGUUAUUGGAACUUCAAGGUAAUACAUAAAACAUACAGUAUAGGCUAUUUUUCUGAUGUGUAAUGGUCAUAUGACAUGCAAAUUAAAUAAAUAAAAUAUAUCGUUUUAUUAUAGUUUUUUUAUUUUAUUUUAUUUUAUUUUAUUUUUCAAUUUUUUCAUUGACUCCUGCACCCCAGUUUUGCAAACCCUGCUAUAAAAGAACCAUUUUUGGUUCCCUAAAAAACAUUUCAGUCAAAGAUGAUUAAAAUAAUCAUUUUUCAUACACUGUAAAAAUACUUUGCUACCUUAAAAUUUUUUGUUGAAUCAACUUGGAUUUACAAGUCAUUUCAACUUACUUUUAUUUAUCUUGACUAGAGAUGAGUUGUUAUAACUACAGGUGAGUUGUCAUAACUUAUAAAAUUAAGUCGACUUUUUUCAACUUUAUUUUAUAAGUUGUGACAACUCAUCUGUUUUGACAUGACUUGUAAAUCUGAGUUGAUUUAACAAAAAAUUUUAAGGCAGCAAAGUAUUUUUUACAGUGUACAUAUUUAUAGUCUAAAUUUAUAGUCUUUGCUGAAAGAAAAUGGUUUCUUCUGAUAUUAAAGGUUUUUUAUGGAACCAAAUUUUUCUAUUGCAUCCUGUAGCACCUUUGUUUUUAAUAGUGUAUGUGGUAGAAUUUAAAUGUAUUUGUAAUCAUAAUCUAUUCAAUGUAUCUGUAAAGUUUUAAUAGUUACUUCAAUAUCUUCAAAUAUUCUUAAAAUGCCCAUGCAAUUAUAUUGAGUGCAUUCACUAGAUGGCGCUGUUUAGUAGCCCAGUUUACUGUAAUACAAUGUGUAAAUUAUGUAUGGAUGGAUUUAUGUUAUAGUAAGAUUACUUUGAACAUAAUCAACAUCAUUUAUGGCCCAGGAUUUUUUUAUUACAAACUUGGAACAAAUGUCAAGGUGUUUUUAGAUUUGUACGUUUUCUUUUGCUGUCUAAAGUUUGAUGACUUUGAACAUAUACAUAUAUAUAUCUGUAUAGUAGUUAUCAUCCAAGAUCAUGUCUGUGACAUCAAGGGCAAUUGUAAAACUAGUUUUCCGUUAAAUUAUGUUUUUCCGUUAAAGAACCUUCUUGAUAUCAGCUUGAAUAAAAUGGUGAUACUUAUUUCUAAUUUCAAAGACUCAUAGCACUGUAAAAAAUAAAAAGUUGACUUAACUUAAAAUUUCAAGGCAACUUGCUGCACAGCUUUUUUGAGUUUACUCAACUCUUGGAUGAUGUAGUUCACCUAACUCAAUUUACUGAGUAAUGUCAACUUAAACCAACAAGUUGAACCAACUUAAACUGAUUAGGUAAUAAGCAAUUUUUUUAUGUUUACUCAACUCGUGACUUAGUUGGGUAAAGAGUAAUUUAGUAUAUCCAAAUUCAACUAAUUCAGACCAUUGUUUUUUUUUUAAUUGCUUGUUCAGAUUACUCAGUUUGGCAAGUUGGGUGAACGAAUUGGACAAAAACGUAUAUAUUUAAGUCCAGUCAACAAAAUAAUAUUUGUUAGCUGAAUGAUUAUGCUUUUUUCAUUCAGUGAACAAAAAAUAAUGAAUUGACGCCCUUCAACAAAGAAAUCUUUGUUCAAGUUACUUACUUUUCUUUGUUGAAUGAACAUUUUAAAGUUGGAUUUUUUACAGUGUGUAAAGACAAUAAACAUAUUUGACAUUAUCACAAACAUAUUUGAUAACAUCUACGUCUCAUAAGCUGGAGGAUAAACACAGUAAUUUAUAGCAACAAUUACUGUGAGCUAUGUUCUCAUUUGAGAUACAGUAAAAGUUACAAUCACCUUUACCACCAUUGGUGGGAUUUAUUUUUAAUAAAGUAAAGUGAAAGUGACGUACUUGCCAAUGUACCCAUACUUGGAAUGUGACCUCUGCAUUUAACCCAUUCAGUACACACAUAGCUAUCGUAAUUUUUUUUAAUCUUGAGUCUUUCUAUGAUGUACUGGACAGGGAGAAGGGUGUUUCCCUGCGACCUGAGAUAUACUGGAUGAAGCUCCAGCAUUCCCCAUGACCCUGAAUAGGAUAGAUAGCGUAUUUGUAAAUACUUAAAUGGUUUUUGGGAAGUAGCCCUAACUUGUUCAAGU